AAAAAAUUUGGAACUAAACAAGGCCUAAGAGAAAAACCAGAAGAACAAUAAAAAUGGAAUUGCAGAGGGUGAGGAAGGCUAAAAGGGGAUAAGUGAGGUGCUAAGAAGGAACGAGCAUUUGGGCUAGAGGGAAAAAGGUGGAUGACUAUUGGGCUUCAAAAGUGUGGGACAAACAGGAACAACAGUUCAGUAAAGAUGGCCAUAUAGCCCGCCGCCCAAUAGCCUGGCCCAUGGCUCGCUGUUUUGGCCCAGCUCGAGCACUGCCUGCCCCAGUGGCCAUCAGGCCCAAGUUAGCAUGGCCCGAGAGAUUAGCUUGUGCAUGGCCGCCAUCCAGACACGUGGCACGACUCAAAAUGGUGUAGGCACGAUGGCAGUCCGAUAACCAUCCUGAUGCUCUGGCCUGCUUAACAGUUCAAUAGCUUUUUUACAAUAGAAAAAGGUCCAUCAGACAUCACGGGUCGUGCUUCUCGGCUCAGCAGGACACGAAAUCGGCUCACGAGUCAUGCCUUGGGCGGAAGACCGGCAGCAUGGCCCGUGAGACAUAACAGCCCAUGGCGGCCCGACCCCCACUGGGCCAUGCCGGCCCGUUAUGGUGCCGUGCUGACCCGUUGGCCAUCCAUAGGGUUCAGCCCAACGGCCUCUAGUUUUUGCAAUUUUCGUUUCUUCCCUAAUCUGCCAUGGCAGGAGGGCGGAGGGGGUGUGUGCACCGUGCAGCGCGAGAUGAGGGCAUGCCGCGUGGGAGCUUCGGCUCGGGGCGCGCCGGGCGCUGGGGAGGCGAGCGGCGCGUCCCUGCCCAGCGCCGAGUUCCCGUCCCGUGAGGGGCGCAUCUGGCUAUCGAGCCGUUCGUGGCUUUGGGCUACCUGCCAAAGCAGAGAAUGAUCAGGAAGAUCACGCACCGGUUCAGCAUUUCUACAGAUCGAGCCGGCUUUCAGCUCAAACCUGAGGGGGACGACGGUGGCAGUGGCACCAGUGAGAGAAUCGUGGAUAUCACGCGGUGGUCUGAGGAAAUCUCUAGAGACCAAACUGCCCUGCAGCUCAGGCCAGAGGAUGAGGAUGGUGACAUCAUCAAGCGUAUCGGGGAGAUCAUAUGCCGAUUUGAGGAGAUCACUGGAGACCGAGCAGCCCUGCACCUCGGACAGGAGGAUGGCGAAAGAACCAGUUGGAGUGGGAGGGAGUCCAUGUGGGAAUCAAGAGCGACUAGCCAUCUUCUGGAUGAAUCUUGUGUUUUUGGUAGGACCAAGGAGAAAUCACACAUUGUAAAGUUGGUGAUAUCCUACAGUAAGUGCCCAGGAAUUCAUGUUUUGCCAAUUGUUGGAAUGGGGGGAAUUGGCAAGACAACGGUGGCACAGAUGGUUUACCACGAGGUCCAAGAAAGUUAUGAACUUAUGAGUUGGGUUCAUGUCCCUGAAACAUUUGAUUUACGCAAGCUGGCUAUUGCAAUCACAGAGUCUCUGACCAGGCAACCAUGUACAUACAACAAUUUUAGCACCAUUCAUGAUGUUCUGCAACAGAUGGUACUAAAAAGGAGUGUGUUCCUUGUUCUGGAUGAUCUAUGGAAUGAACGGCAAAGUUGCUGGCAAGAUUUUCUUCGCCCACUCAAGGUUGCUGAUACUGUGACAAUCCUGGUGACUACAAGGAGUAAAGAGGUAGCACAACUUGUGCAGACCAUUCCUCACUUUGAGCUUGGCUCGUUACCUGAAGAUCACUGCUGGCAGUUGUUCCAACGCUAUGCUUUUGGCCAUAGAAACAUCCAUGAAGAGUCCACUUUGGUUCAGGUAGGUAGGAAAAUUAUGCAAAAGUGUAGUGGCUUACCAUUGGCUAUUAAAUCGAUAGGUUGCCUGUUGUGGUCCAAGAUGGAUAUGCAGACUUGGAUGGAAAUAUCCAAUAGUGAGUUUUGGGAAUAUUCAGAUAAUAAUGAGGAGAUCUUGUCUGCUCUUAGAUUGAGCUUUCAUCGACUUCCAGGAAGGCUCAAACCUUGUUUCCUGCUGUGUGCUUUAUAUCCGAAAGGUGAGCCUUUUACCAAGGACGACAUGAUUCACUUGUGGAUUGCCCAUGGUUAUGUACAACCUUCAGGAUGCAAAACACUAGAGAAGGUCGCUGGUGAGUACUUUGAUGAGUUGAAUGAAAGAUCACUGAUCGAAAUGGAUACAUUCUAUUUGGUCAGUCGUGAGGGUCACAAUUACUUGAAAAAGUCACGUGUAAGAUCACCAGUUGAAAUUUCUAGCGGGGAGAUCUCCGACACGGACCAUAACUUUUAUGAGCUGCACAUAAGAUCAUUGGUUGAAACUUCUCACAAGGGAACGACCGAGUCUUCUUUGUCAUUUCAAUUGUUUAGGUUGCAUGACAUGAUUUGGGACCUUGCAAGAUCUCUUUCCAAUGGCCUCUUUUCUGCAGUAGCUGUUGAUGAAGGUAACCUUUACAUGGAAAAUGAAGUUCAGCACUUAUUUCUCUGGUUAGGUAGGGGCAGAUUGAAGCAAAAUACUCAGAGGGGGCACCCUGAACUUAUGCCCAUUUCUAAGUCUCUAGAUCUGCUCAUCACUUACAAUCAAAUAAACAAUUCUCUUGGGGUCAGGAUGAAUCCGUUGACGUCAUCAAUUCAACCAGGUCAACUGCUCGAGUCUGAGCGUCUUUCUUUUCGUGACCGUGCCGUAGCAGUUAUUUCAUUAAGAGGGGCUAAGUCUAAGCACUCUGGACAGUGGAGUAGGGGGACUAUGGGGCCCAGGCAUCGUUCCCGGGCGUCCGAUUCUGAGCACCUAGGGCUAGGAUCAGCAGACUGGCCAGACAUUGCCUGGGAGGCCACAAUCCAAACACGACCUGAUUCUGUGGAAGAUCCCAUGAAUUCAGUAAGACGCCUAGCAUAUUUUUUGCCAGAAAACAAACAUAAAGAUAUGCUUUCUACACAAAAUCAAGUUUCCCAGUUGCUCAAAAUGAAUUGUUUACGCACCUUAAUUUUAAAACAUACAUUUCACCAUAUUGGCAUAUACAAUUUCACAUACCUGAGGGCUUUUAUACUAUAUUCAUGUAAAGAUAGUGGCUUCAUAUCUGCUAUCCGAAAUCUGAAGCUCUUGCGGUAUCUCAAUGUAAGUAACUGUGAUUCAUUGACUGGUAAAAAUCUGAGGCACUUGACAGAAUCAAUAUGUCAUCUUUACAGCCUUGAGAAACUGAUCGUAUCCACUUGUUGGAAAGAGUUCUCCUUGCAGUCGUGCCAUCUUUUCAGUUUAAGAUAUCUCCAACUCUCUGUUCAAUUCAAUGACUGGUCCCAGCAUCCACUUUGCCACUUCCAUAACUUGGACACACUGUGCUUAGGGAACUGCCAUAGCAUUGCAGAGCUUCCUAUAUGCAUAGGAAACCUGAUGAACCUGAGAUGUCUUCAGCUUAUUGGAAUUUCAGAGAUCAAGAAGUUGAAUCAUGAUUCUUUACGAUGUCAGUGUAAUAACAACAAAUGCCAGCUAACAAAGGUAAGAUUCCCUGCUCUGAUGGAGUUAGAACUUGAUAGUCUGUGUGAACUACAGGAUUGGUGUAAAUCCCAGGAUUCAGAUUGCCCAAAGAUGCAGAGCAUCACUGUAAGAAACUGCAACAAACUUAGACGGAUUCCUUACUUUGGUUCUGUCAGAAAUCUAGUGAUAAUAAAGUCUGCUGUAAUUGCUCUCCAUCUUUCGGCAUCUAAUGAACCGUCUCAGCUGCAGACUCUUGAUAUCAAUUACUGUGAGAACCUGGAAUCCUUACUGGGACUGGAAAAUCUUUGUUCUCUUGGGAGCUUAUAUAUUGCCCAUUGUCCAAAACUAACUGUCUUGCGUCAAGAAAAGCUUUUGUUUAGGCCUCAAAAUAUAUUAAUUAAUGACUGCCCAGGACUGAUCGAGUGGUGUGAUGAGCAAGAUCUCUACUAUCAGGCCCCCCAAAUGGCGAAGAUUUCAGAUAUAGUAAGGGCAAAGCAGCGGGGCAUGACUUAUUUCCAAGCCUGUGAGCAUAUCUGUCUCGAUAUUUGCCCAGAGCAGGGAUCCGAAUUGAUUUUGUCACCCGAUAAUUGGUUGCCAUCUGAACUGCGGCUCUUAAGGUUCGGUCUUGAAAGUUCGGGCAGUGUUCCACCCUUCCAUCGAGGUCUUUCUACACUUGGCAAGCUGGAGAUCAGGGGAUGCCCAAAGCUUGAAGCGCUGAUGGAUUUGGAAGAACUGAAAACCCUCCACUGCUUGGUUAUAGCAGGCUGCCCAUUCCUUUAUAUACUGCCUGAAAUGAAGUUUCCACCACUAUUGAGAUCGUUAAUAGUUGAAGGGUGCCAUAAGCUUCUAUCUUUGCCCUUAAAUAUAUCUAACCCUUCAAUGUUCACCGAACUUGAGGUAUCUGAUUGCCAAGGACUUAUGUAUAUUGCAUAUCUGGGGCCUUUGAACAAUCUCGAAAGUUUUGUACUACUUCAUUGCCCUCUUCUCGAGCUCCGGGAACCAUUGCCAGUCAUUCCUGAAUCUGUUGUUGUUUUCCUCUGUCCCAAAUUGAAGAAAUGGUGUGAAAUCCAAAGUAUCGAAUAUCAGGAAACUAUGUCUGAUACCUCGCAAGAAGUGAAUAUUUGACUAAAUGACAUACACUCAUACAUCGUCAUAUCACAUCUGGUGGCUGGUCUGUUCAGUACGCAUGGCAUCCCACCUGAAACUGCAAUGGUGAGUUGCAUUGGAUGUGGACUGGGCGUGCUUGCAUCUCUUCUCGCUGAUCACUGGCCUCUUCUUGCCGUCUAUCAUUUUGUCCGGUCACUCUCGGGUUCGUGGUCUGCUGAUACACCGGAGAGUGGUUUGCAUGCGCUUGUCCAGAUCGAUCUCAGACAGAUGCGAUGGGAUCGGUGGUGCGCCAACUGCCGGGUGGAGGUACCUGACGAUCUCCGGCCUCCUGUUCAUGUCUGAUGUCUGUCCUUUCCCGUAUGUAUGUAUUGAUUCUACCGGUCCCUUUAUUUUUCACUACAGCAUGGCUGUUUAUAGAAGACGUUUAAAAAUGCCUUUAAAAGGCAUCAAAAUGCCUUCAAAACCUUUUUAGGCAUACUUAAAAAUGCCUGGUAUAAACUGGUCUUAAAAAGUCUUUUGAGGCAUUUUUUCAAAACGCCUUCCAAUAUCAACAUAUAAAGGCAUUUUGUAGCUGCC